GGACACCCCCCACUUCCUUCCUCUGCUUCUUCCUCUUUCCCCGCCCCCUUCCCUUCUCCCUCCCCUUCCCCCCUCCCGGGUCGGAGUGUCCCUGCGCCCCACGGGCCGGAGCAGCAGCGAGAGCAGCUUUCCCCGCUCCCCCCCCCCCCCCCCACCCCCCCCCCCCCCCCCCCCGCCCGCGGAGCGAGGAGGAGCCGGAGGAGAGGAAGAUGGCGGCGGCCGCCAGCACCCGCGGUGCCGCGGGGCCGCUUCGAGGAGCCUGAGAGACCCACAGAGGCUUCGCGGGAAGACGCGGCAGCGGAGGAUGAGCCUGCAGAGCGCGCAGUAUCUCCGAAUGUCUUAAACCAUUCUACCUUAAGAAAUUGGAUGUUCUUGCAGAUAGUCAUUGUGGGAGAAAACGUUUCAUUUAAGUCCCAGAUGAGGACCGGAAACUUGAAAUCAGAGGAGCAUCUGAAAUCAAGUAAUAUUAGGCAGGCAGAAGUCCUGAAGGCUGACAUGACAGAUUCUAAGCUGGGUCCAGCUGAGGUCUGGACAUCCAGGCAGGCUCUGCAGGACCUGUACCAGAAAAUGCUAGUUACUGAUUUGGAAUACGCUUUAGACAAGAAAGUAGAACAGGAUCUCUGGAAUCAUGCCUUUAAGAAUCAGAUCACAACACUACAAGGCCAGGCAAAGAAUCGAGCAAACCCGAAUCGGAGUGAAGUUCAGGCAAACCUAUCUCUGUUCCUAGAGGCAGCUAGUGGCUUCUAUACUCAGUUAUUACAAGAACUGUGUACGGUGUUUAAUGUAGAUUUACCAUGCCGUGUGAAGUCUUCCCAAUUGGGAAUUAUCAGCAAUAAACAGACGCAUACCAGCGCCAUAGUGAAGCCACAGUCUAGCUCCUGUUCCUAUAUCUGCCAGCACUGCCUCGUCCACCUUGGAGACAUUGCUCGAUACAGAAACCAGACCAGCCAGGCAGAGUCCUACUAUAGGCAUGCAGCUCAGCUUGUCCCCUCUAAUGGUCAGCCUUACAAUCAGUUGGCUAUCUUAGCUUCUUCCAAAGGAGACCAUCUGACCACAAUUUUCUACUACUGCAGAAGCAUCGCUGUGAAGUUCCCGUUCCCAGCUGCCUCCACUAAUCUACAAAAAGCACUUUCUAAAGCACUGGAAAGCCGGGAUGAGGUGAAAACCAAAUGGAGUGUUUCUGACUUCAUCAAGGCCUUUAUUAAAUUCCACGGUCAUGUGUACCUGAGUAAGAGCUUGGAAAAGUUGAGCCCACUUCGAGAGAAAUUGGAAGAACAGUUUAAGAGGCUGCUGUUCCAAAAAGCUUUCAACUCUCAGCAGUUAGUUCACGUCACUGUCAUCAACCUGUUUCAACUUCAUCACCUUCGUGACUUUAGCAAUGAAACAGAGCAGCAUAGUUAUAGCCAAGAUGAGCAGCUGUGUUGGACACAGUUGCUGGCCCUCUUUAUGUCUUUUCUUGGCAUCCUGUGCAAGUGUCCUCUCCAGAACAAGUCUCAGGAGGAGUCCUACAAUGCCUAUCCCCUUCCUGCAGUCAAGGUCUCCAUGGACUGGCUGAGACUCAGACCCAGGGUCUUUCAGGAGGCAGUGGUGGAUGAAAGACAGUACAUUUGGCCCUGGCUAAUUUCUCUUCUAAAUAGUUUCCAUCCCCAUGAAGAGGAUCUUUCAAGUACUAAUGCUACACCACUUCCAGAGGAGUUUGAGUUACAAGGAUUCUUGGCUUUGAGACCUUCUUUCAGGAACUUGGAUUUCUCCAAAGGCCACCAGGGUAUUACAGGAGACAAAGAAGGUCAGCAACGACAAAUACGACAGCAGCGCUUGAUCUCUAUAGGCAAAUGGAUUGCUGAUAAUCAGCCAAGGCUGAUUCAGUGUGAAAAUGAGGUAGGGAAAUUGUUGUUUAUCACAGAAAUUCCUGAGUUAAUACUGGAAGACCCCAGUGAAGCCAAAGAGAACCUCAUUCUGCAAGAAACAUCCAUGAUAGAGUCACUGGCUGCGGACGGGAACCCAGGACUGAAAUCAGUGCUGUCCACGGGCCGUAAUCUAAGCAACAACUGUGACACAGGAGAGAAACCAAUGGUCACCUUCAAAGAGAACAUUAAGCCGCGCGAAGUGAACAGAGACCAAGGAAGAAGUUUUCCUCCCAAAGAGGUGAGAAGGGACUAUAGCAAAGGAAUAACUGUAACUAAGAAUGAUGGAAAGAAGGACAACAACAAGAGGAAAACAGAAACCAAGAAAUGCACCUUAGAAAAGUUACAGGAAACAGGAAAGCAGAAUGUGGCAGUGCAGGUGAAAUCCCAGACAGAACUAAGAAAGACUCCAGUGUCUGAAGCCAGGAAAACACCUGUAACUCAAACCCCAAGUCAAGCAAGUAACUCCCAGUUCAUCCCCAUUCAUCACCCUGGAGCCUUCCCUCCUCUUCCUAGCCGGCCAGGGUUCCCGCCCCCAACAUAUGUUAUUCCCCCUCCUGUGGCAUUUUCUAUGGGCUCAGGUUACACCUUCCCAGCUGGUGUUUCUGUCCCAGGAACCUUUCUUCAGCCUACAGCUCACUCUCCAGCAGGAAACCAGGUGCAAGCUGGGAAACAGUCCCACAUUCCUUACAGCCAGCAACGGCCCUCUGGACCAGGGCCAAUGAACCAGGGACCUCAACAGCCACAGCCACCUUCCCAGCAACCCCUUACAUCUUUACCAGCUCAGCCGACAGCACAGUCCACAAGCCAGUUGCAGGUUCAAGCUCUAGCUCAGCAGCAAUCCCCCACAAAAGCCGUGCCGGCUUUGGGGAAAAGCCCUCCUCACCACUCUGGGUUCCAGCAGUAUCAACAGGCAGAUGCCUCCAAACAGCUGUGGAAUCCCCCUCAGGUUCAAGGCCCAUUAGGGAAAAUCAUGCCUGUGAAACAGUCCUACUACCUUCAGCCCCAAGACCCCAUAAAACUGUUUGAGCCGUCAUUGCAACCUCCUGUAAUGCAGCAGCAGCCUCUAGAGAAAAAAAUGAAGCCUUUUCCCAUGGAGCCAUAUAACCAUAAUCCCUCAGAAGUCAAGGUCCCAGAGUUCUACUGGGAUUCUUCCUACAGCAUGGCUGAUAACAGAGCUGUCAUGGCCCAGCAAGCAAGUGUGGACCGCAGAGGCAAACGGUCACCAGGAGUCUUCCGUCCAGAGCAGGAUCCUGUGCCCAGGAUGCCAUUUGAGGACCCCAAGGGCUCCCCUCUGCUUCCUCCGGACCUGUUAAAGAGUCUGGCUGCCUUGGAGGAAGAGGAAGAGCUGAUUUUUUCUAACCCUCCUGAUCUUUACCCAGCUCUGCUGGGCCCUCUCGCCUCUCUUCCUGGACGGAGCCUCUUUAAAUCCUUGUUGGAGAAGCCCUCGGAGCUCAUGUCACACUCAUCCUCUUUCUUGUCCCUCACCGGAUUCUCUCUCAAUCAGGAAAGAUACCCAAAUAACAGUAUGUUCAAUGAGGUAUAUGGGAAAAACCUGACAACCAGCUCCAAAACAGAACUUAAUCCUUCGCUGGCCCCCCAGGAGACAUCACUGUACUCCCUCUUUGAAGGGACCCCGUGGUCUCCAUCACUUCCUGCCAGUUCAGAUCAUUCAACACCAGCCAGCCAGUCUCCCCAUUCCUCUAACCCAAGCAGCCUGCCGAGCUCCCCUCCAACACAUAACCAUAAUUCUGUUCCAUUCUCCAACUUUGGACCUAUUGGGACUCCAGAUAACAGGGAUAGGAGAACUGCAGAUCGGUGGAAAACUGAUAAGCCAGCCAUGGGUGGGUUCGGCAUUGAUUAUCUCUCGGCAACAUCAGCCUCUGAGAGCAGUUGGCAUCAGGCCAGCACUCCAAGUGGCACCUGGACAGGCCACGGCCCCUCCAUGGAGGAUUCCUCUGCUGUCCUCAUGGAAAGCCUAAAGUCUAUCUGGUCCAGUUCCAUGAUGCAUCCUGGACCUUCCGCUCUGGAGCAGCUGUUAAUGCAGCAGAAACAGAAACAGCAGCGGGGACAAGGCGCCAUGAACCCUCCACACUGAGGCCAGAGUGGCAACCCUGGGAACGAAGGCUCCAUAAACCAUGGCAUGUUGGGUUUGCAGGACUGGCCCGUACAGUCCCCUGCAGGUGGCAGCCCUCUCUUCUGUCUCUUGCUGUCGAGAGGGUGUAAGCGUUCCACCAGCGCGCUGAGUGUGCACGAAAUGUCCGCAGUGCAACAAAAAGAAAAAACCAUCAGGAACUCUCUGUCCCCCCAGGGCCUUCCGGAGGGAGAGAGGAACUGCUGUUUGUCUUCACUCAGUUACCUGAUGUCACCGCCUCUCACCUUCCCUGUCGUGCAUGCCCCCAGCCACAAGGGAAGUGAAAGCUGAGAAGGGGAGGCAGGUGGGAGAAGCCGGCGGGAACUUCUCGGUCCUGUUUUCCUCUCUGGGGAAUAAAAUAGGAAUCCAUUAAUGAUUGCUUUGCUGACUGAGAAUGUAGUUGAGAUUAUUCCUGAACAUCUUUUAUUAUUGUUAUUACUCUCGGUAGUAUAAUGUCACACUGAAUUCUUCCAUACACAACGUGCUUCUUCUAGUCAGUGUGUAGCAAGGAAAAGCCCCGCUCGCUGCUCCUGCGAGAGGUUGGUGGUGACAGGAUGAGGGAAACGGACCUCUUCGGCCAGUGGCAGUGCUCCGCGAGGGAGAGUCCAAGGCCUCAACUUUCACUCAGAAGGUUCUGGUGGCCCUCCUCUGGCCUGGAGACUCCGGCAGGAAAUGCCCUUCACUCUGUAGGUGCUCGAGCCCCGAUCGAGGAUGCAGUAUGGGUGGUGGUGCUGGGCUGGACUGGCAGAUGACUGCUGGAAGAUUUUAAAUUAAUGUUUUUGAUUCCUGUACAUUUUACCGUAGCGUAGCGAGCAGUCUCACGGAAGGCAGGCUGGUCCAUUCGUGGCCUGACACAUUUUAAUAGGUAGAAGCUUUCAGUGUGGUUAUUUUUUGUUCGAUUGGUUUUUGUGACCCCAUCCUGCUUACCACCCACCUCCUCCUGUCCCUACCUCCAUCCCUUUUCUGCCCUGUGCUGUAUGCUAGUAAUUGUUUCUGUUCCUGAUGUGUAUGACAUCUCGCCGAGAAGCAACAGCAUGGGGUCCAGCAGUUGGGGCCCAAAAGACAGUCCAAGGAGGAAGGAAGCAGCGGCGUCUGCGUGCGUGCACCGCAGGCCAGGCCCCGGCCCAGCUGCGUCCCCCCGACCUCCACUGUCAGAGUGAAAUUCAAGGCAACAUGGACACAUGUGCACCAUGCACAGAAGAAAACACAACGAAGUCCAUUCUGGAAAAGGCGAAAGAAAGGAAAAUAAACUUUUAUUUGGUAUUUAUUAGAAGGAAAGAGGACUGAACAUUUUCUUGUGUAGAAACAGAAGGACAGCAUUUCUGUUAGUUCCUGGAAGAGUAAUAUUUUAAGGGGAAAUUAUGGAAACAAUCUAAAUGUCCAAUUGCUGUGCUAGUGGUAGGGUCUGUUUCUGGGAGGUCUCUCGUGUGUGUGUGUGUGUGUGUGUGUGUGUGUGUGUGUGUGUGCGCGCGCGCGCGCGCACCCAUCCAUCUGCCCAUCUGCUCUCCUGGGGGGAAGGGGAGUGUGUGUGAGUGUAUGGAGUCAGCGUGGGACUCACGAACUGGAAAACAGCUGCAGAGCAAAGCACAUCCAGGAGCCCCGGGUGUCGCUAGAGUCUGGGCAGCCCCAGUGAUGAAAGGGGUGAGGUGAAUGCUCGUUGCUCUUCAGAGAGUGGUUGGAGCCCCGUAGGCUCACAGUAUUGCUCCUUAAGUUUGAUGUGGUGUUUGGGGAUUUUUGUUUCUGUUAUUUGUUGUUUCUGGAAAGGUCUGAAAGGGUGAAGCCCCCCACCCAAUGGCAAUAUGAAACCUUUUGUGCUUCUCCCCAGCUCCUUCCCUGGGUCCACCUCUCUCCCAGUCCCUCCUUGCCCACUACCUUGACCCACUCUGUGUGUUUGAGCUCUGCAUUCAGGCAGCUGUAACAUUCCAGUGUUCGAGCUGUCCCUGAGUCUCACACCCCAGACGAGCUAGCCAGGUUCACUCUCUCACUCCCAGUCCUGCCCGGGUCCCAUCUGCAGCCCCGUUUCUGCAUGAGAAUUUGGUGUUUGGAAUGUUUUCUGAUUCUUGGGGCGGGGUUUCUCGCCUAAUCAUCCUCAACGUGGAGUAAUGAGGAGGGAGAGGAGAAUCUUCAUCAGAAACUGGUUUUGUGUAGUAAACCUUCUCUUCUGUUUUUGUUUUUUUGUUUUGUUUUUUUGUUUUUUGUUUUGGUCUGUCUGUGCAAGACCUGCAGCUGCUGAAAUCAGCUUUGCCUUUAAUUAAACCAUGUUCUCUCCAACCAGA